CUUGACGUUUCGUUCGUUCCGUGCAAAAAACAUCCAGAAUACGACAGAAAAGAUUCUAAUUUUGUACGCAGAGACUGAGAGGGGGGGACAGCAAUUCGGUGCCCAUCCAGGCAGGUGGAGAGCGGGUCGAACAGGAGGAGCGUCCGGAGCCGGAUCUGCACUCACUGCAUGGAAUAAAGACACUUCUUGGGUGGCUUAAAUAAUAAUACUACUACUAUACUAAUAAUAAUACAAAGAAGAAGGGUCCACUGACCAAUCAGCUCCACACGCUGUUUAAACGGACACGAGACCACCGAGACCCGGAGGUGUGUGUUUCCGAACGUCAGCGGGCGUCGUCGAACGCACGUUUCUCCCUUUUGCGAAAAUUUCCGCGUGAGAGUGAAGCCGUGCGACGAGCCGAGGUCCCUCCCACGCGCUGAGGUGCGGUGCUGUGCGGUGCGCGCGACGCUCUGGAACUCCCACGUUGCGGUUGCGGACGCGCCGGAGACGCCGGAGGGACAUGCCACGGCACAUGCCACGGCACGGGUGUCCUGUGGCUCGUCGCGGGGGCUUCGGUCGCUUACGGCUCUAAACUCGGGCUGUCAGUUCCGUGGUUAUUUGAACAUGAAGGGAACUAAAGCGCCCGUGUGACAACUUAGCGACGUUUUAAAGACAUGUACUUGAGGUGAACUGGACUCUCUAAAUGGCCCAAAGUGUGUUGCCUUGCACCCCAUGAUUCUGGAGAAGGCUGUGGAUGGCUAUUGCCUUACCUGGUAUAAGUGUCAUCCCAGCGAACGCUUAGCAUCAUUGCACCACUUUGACAACGCUACUGGAAGGUUACUUUGGUUGUCACCCCCCUCGGAGUUUUGUACCCUGUACUUGGAAAUCCCUGCGUGUCAUGAUGAUAUAGCUCUGCGGGACCCAGCGGUGACCCAGCCCCGUGGACUAGUCCAGGGCAGCCCAUCCGCUGUCAUGCUGACUUUCGCGCCCGAGGGAGGCCCUGCUCAGGAUUCCAGCCUGCUUGUUCCCUGAACCAGCUCUGCUUGUCGGGGCAGGACCCUUUGACUCGGCCAGCUCCGGCGGUCCCCCGCGAGGUGUUGAAGCUCUGCUCCUGAGCGCUUGGGAACUGCAGGACGUGUCCGUGGCCUAGAGUGGACCUCGAUAGGCAUGGAGCAGCAGCCUGCUUGAGGGAAUUGCAGAAAGACGAUGGGGAACUCUUAUGCAGGGCAGCUUAAGUCGACGGGCUUCUCGGAGGCCCUGCACAGUUCCAUCGAGGCAUCCCUGCGCUCCAGCAGUCCUGCCCUGCUACCUGUCUUCAGCCAGCUGUACCUGGAGCCCGAUCGCUGCCCUGGCCCUGCGGAAGCUUUCUGUGCCAGAUUUUGUCCGUCUCUGCAACCAGAUGUAAAACCCCGGGUGGAAAUCUCCCUCCAGUACAGAGAGCAGUCCGACCAUGAGCCGCCCAGUGGGCAGUUGUCCAACUGCACCGAGAAUGAGGAGGAUCCCGAGGAAGAGGACUCAUCGGACACCGAGAGUCCACCCCUCCCGUACCUGCAGGGUCCGACCCCGGAGGGCUGCUGUACCGUAGACGGUUUCUGCCAAGCUGGGAAAGACCUUCGUCUUGUCUCUAUGGCAACAGAGCAACUUGAGGUCCCUGCAGGGUUCCGGCUGGUCGGCGCCAAGUCCCCCAGCAUCCCUGAGCACAUCCUGGUGUGUGCGGUCGACAAGCGCUUUCUACCUGACGGCAAUGGGAAAAAUGCACUUUUAGGGUUUUUGGGGAACUGCGUCGGCUGUGGCGAGAAGGGCUUCCGCUACUUCACAGAGUUCUGCAACCACAUCAACCUGAAGCUCUCCACACAGCCCAAGAAACAGAAGCACUUGAAGUACUACCUGCUGAGGAACUCCCAGGGUGCUCUGUGCAAAGGUCCUCUCAUCUCUUGGAAAGACAGGAAAACAAAGCUGUCCUUCGGUAACCCGGCCUCCACCAAGCCCAGCUCCUCCUCUUCCCCCAGCAGUGGCAGGGACAGCGGAGGUGUGGAUGGCCAUAGCUCCUCCCCUUCCUCUCACUCCGACUCUCCUCGGACCCGAACUCGGUCCACCACCCCCGCAGCGCUGUUCAAAGGCCAAGACCCGGCCAUGGAGCAUAGUGCCACCAAGCCCUCAGCACAGGCUCCGCCCCCAGGGACCAAGACCCUGCCCAUAGUCCCCACUGCCUUGCGGGUGCAUGGGUUCUCCAGUGGGCUGCCCCCCGGAAUAGUCCCUGGCCCUCUGGGUUCCUCUCCAGCCCUCCCACUAGCCACUGUAACAUUUACCCAACCUUUGGGGUACCAGACAUCCAGCCCGGGAGAGCACACAACCCCGCUUCCCAUGACCUCUGGCCCCCCCAAGAAGCGCCACCGUGGCUGGUACUCCGGCUCCCCUGUGCCUGUGCCCCCCACCGCUGUACAUGUGCCUGCUUUACGCCCAGCUACGCGGCCCCCAGACUCUCUGUUGUCAACGCCUGUACUUCUGUCUACGUCAGCCAUCCUGCAGCCUCAGCCUGUGGCUGUCGGAGACACGGUGAUCGUCCCUGAGAACCUGCUCAACAACUCUGGAGUCCGACCUGUCAUCCUUAUAGGCUACGGGGCUUUGCCGUACUUCUACGGCAACGUGGGGGACAUCGUGGUCAGUCUCUUGCUGGUGAGCUGCUACAAGGGCGGCCCGCUGAGUGAGGGGUGCCUGGAGGGCCUGGGCAGCAGACAGCCGCUCAGCGUGGAAGACAUGGUCCUGCUCACUCUCCAGUACUUGGUUCAGCUAGGCCCAGACGAGAUCCCUCUCCAGGAGGAGUUUGAGCAGAUAACACGCCGAGCCAUGAUUUGUGGUCCCCCUGCUGCCCCCGUGCCACCCUCCCAGUUGCCCUGGCUGGCCCGCCUGGCUGCCAGCGUUUCCGGGGGCUCUGUACAGGUCCUGGUGGCAUCCCGCUCCCUGGGGGAGGGCAUCGGGGAUGCGCUGCGUGCCCUAGGGGAGGGUCCCAGCCCACUGCGGCGACCAGACUAUGUGGCAGUGGUCUGUGUGACGGAGUCGCGUGGGGUUGAAUUCUGUGUGCUAGUCCUGGGGAAGUACCAGUCACGCGCCCUUGCCGAGAGCAUGCUCACUACCACCGAGUUCCUGAAGGAGAUCAGUUAUGAGCUUAUCACUGGCAAGGUGGCUGCCUUGGCAUCCCACUUCAAGACCACCUCCCUGGGAGACAGCCUGGACAGACAGUUGGCCAGGCUUCAGCGGAUACGGGGGAAGCAGGGUGAACUUGACGAUGGCGUCCACUUCCAGGAGGCUGCUUCCAUGGAGCCUGCCCCCAGCACUGACCCGAUGAGCGACGUGUUCCAGAUCUACCCCCCGCAGCUGAAUGUAGCACGGCGCCUCCUCUCUCAGGUGUGCUCCAUCGCCGACACAGACAGCCAGCACCUGGACUUGGGCCGCUUCUCUAAAGUGGACUUCCUCAUCCUGGUGCCGGCCUCGCAGGUGCUGGUGCACCAGACCGCGCAUCGCGUCCGGCAGUCUGGGGUUCUCGUGGACCUGGGAAUAGAGGACCCCAGAUCUGCCCGGCAGAAGUCGGACAAAUACGUGGUGCGCCUGGACGGAGACGUUCAUGCCAAAAUGGAAGCCUUCAUGAAGAAGGUCAAGCAGAACCCUUACACUCUGUUUGUCCUCAUCCAUGACAACGCCCACAUAGACCUGACCAGUGCUCUGUCAGGCUCCAUCGCUCACGGCGAGCUCCAGGGCCUGGCCGAUCGUGUGGUCAACUGCCAGGAAGUGCUGGAUGCAGUCAACCUGCUGGUGCUCCAGGUCAGCAGCUUUCCUUUCACACUGCAGACCCGACAGUCCCGCAUCGAUAUCCACAACGAGGUUCACUGGGCAGCAGCGGAGAGCCAGGCGGAGCUGGGAUCUGACGAGCUGCUCUAUUUCGGGCUGAGCGACUACAGCUGCUCGCUGCAGUGGGGCGUGGCCAGUCCCAUUCUCCGCUGGGACGACUCCUUCGAAAAGAUGGUCAACGUCCUGCUAGACAGGCACCCCCAUUUGCACAGCAUGGUGAUCCGCAGCUACCUGCUCAUUCAACAAUACACGGAGGCUAUCAUGGCUGUGGCUGGUGCCCCCUCCUUGCGCAGCCACACCACCCCAGAGACCCUGGCCAUCACGGAGGAACUGCUGACUGGGGCGAGGGCCAGGACUGGGCGUGGCUCCAUGCUGCUGGUGCGAGUGCCCUCCCUGCAGCUGGCCAUGCUGGCGCGGGAGCGGCUAGAGGACGUGCGCGACCGACUAGGCCUGCACCUCCACUUUGCUGUGGUGCUGGGGGGGCCGUCGGCCGAGAUCACCCUGCCUCCGGCCUUUGUGGCUCGCCUCAAGGCCUGGCGUGGCUGUGAGAACGAAGACUGGGUCCCACGGACCUAUCAGGACCUGGAAGGGCUGCCCUGCAUCCUCAUCCUCACUGGAAAGGACCCACUGGGGGAGAGCUUCCCCAGGUCUCUGAAGUAUUGCGACCUUCGCCUGAUCGACUCCAGCUACCUGACACGCACGGCGCUGGAGCAGGAAGUGGGGCUGGCCUGCUCCUACGUGUCCCAGAGAUCUGCAGCCCCGGGGAACCUGGAGCCCACAGAGUCCACUGAUACGGACCCUCAGGAUGAGCUGAGUGUGGACACCAAGAGCCCACAGAGCAGCAGCAGCAGCAACACUGCCACCUCUGGUUCUGCCACAGAGAACGCAGUGAGCUCCUCCAGUGCUCCAGACUUCUCCCAGAAGCCCUCCAGCUCCGCCUGCUCCAGUGAGACCGGUACUGCCGGGCAGGGGGAGCCACUUGCUCAGGAGUGUGAUUCUCAGGGGAGCUCUCUGGACCGUACUAAGACCACACCCGUGCCUUCAUCCUCCUCUUCUUCCUCCUUCCCCAACUCCCCCUCCGACUGCCCCUCCUCAUCCACCACCCUUCAAGCCCUCCACCCCGUCUGCCCUGCCCCUGCCUCUCCCCGUGUGGUCAUCCUGUCUCGAGCCGCCCACGGUCUACUGGCGGGUGAGCCGGGGGGCCGUCUGCCUUCGUCCUCCCUGCUUCCACAUGCCGAUGUGGCCUGGACAAGUCCACUGCGGCCUCCCCUGGCCCCCGAUCUCCCUGGGCCCCAGCAGUCCCUUUACUACCGCCGGUGGUCCAGCGCCCGCCAACACCAUGCUGACUACAGCAACCAGGUAGCCCCCGAUGGCUUGGCCCCCCCGCACCCUCGCCGACUGCUGCUCAGCGGACCCCCGCAAGUGGGGAAGACUGGUGCCUACCUGCAGUUCCUGCGUAUCCUGUUCCGCAUGCUGAUCCGCUUACUGGAGGUGGAUGUUUACGACGAAGAGGAGCUGCAGAUUGAUCUGCCAGAAGAGUCGGACGUCAAAGACACGCAGUGGCCCGAUGUGGAAGUUUUCCAAAAGAUGCCCUUUGACCUUUGCCCUCGCAAUCCCAAAUUCAGAAGGGCCAGCCCAGUGUACUGCAAAAACAUGCCGAAGACCUUGAAAGAUACAGACCACAACCUGGAUGGCAAAGAGGAUACAAUGGCCAAGCGAGACACCGUAUCAGUAAUGCUGACCCAGUUUGCAGCCCACAAUGCAUUUCAUCACUGUGAAGAGUGUCACCGCUACAGCGAGAGCAGCCCUGCUGCCGAGGUGUCAGACUGCAUGGUCCACGCAUUCUCCUUCCGCUCUUCGGGGCUGGGCGAGGAGGUCAAGCUGCACUUCAUCAUCCCCAGAUCCAAGGAGCAGUACUUUGUGUUCAGCGCUCAUGACAGCCACCUGGAGAGCCUGCGCCUGCCCCUCACCUCGGACCCACUGCCAGACCCUGGACAGAUAAAGAGCCCCAUCUUCACCCCCACCACGGGCCGGCACGAUCACGGCCUGCUCAACCUCUUUCAUGCCAUGGAAGCAGCCCCCCACCUGCACGUCCUGGUUGUCAAGGAAUACGAGAUGCCGCUCUAUAGGAAGUAUUGGCCCAACCACAUCCUUCUGGUGCUGCCUGCUGAAUUCAACAGUGCUGGAGUGGGGGCGGUGAGGUUGAUCAUCAAGGAGCUGUCUUGCCACAACCUGGAGCUAGAGCGGCAGCGUCAGAAGGAGCAGGGGGUGUGGCCCUUUGUGGUGAUGCUGGACGACUCCUGCGUGCUUUGGUACUCUCAUCGCCCCCAAGAGAGCGACAGUCACGCAGCCAAGGCCACCAACAUCUCCCUCAAAGCCGUUCUGCAGCACAUGGAGGCCACGCCCAAGGUGACCCUGUACGCCGCCUGCGGGAUCUGCACGUGGAGCAACAGCCUGGCUGCAAGCUGCCCCUCUGCCCCCUUCUCCCGCUGCCACCUCCAAGACCUGGUCAUGCUCAAUGUAGAUCUGACACAGAAUGUGCCAUAUGACCAUAACAAGUACAGCUGUGAGGAGGUGGAUUUCAAUCUGCGUGCUCACAGCAGCGGCCUGCUGCCCUGCCGGUUCAACCACUUCAGCAUGAUGAGGAAGCACAUCCCCGCUGGUGGAAGCAAGGGCUUUCCAAUCCGGCCCAGGCUCAGGGUAUCAGAAGACCCCACCUCCCCAGGACCUGCCCCCUUAAGCCCUUCCCAGUAUGUGUGUGCCCCAGACAGCGAGCACACCCCUCUGGAUGCCCCAUCCCACCUGCUACUGGAGAAGUUCCUCCAGCUGCGAGGCCACAGGCUCUUUCCCAAGGCCACACCUGACGGCGGACACCCCGUGCUCUCUGUGGACAGCUACCUCAACAUGGGUCCAGAGGUGGCGGUUUGCUACAUCAGCUCGCGGCCACACUCCCUCAACCAGGACCACACGGGGCUGGUGUUCAGUGGGCUGCUGCUAUACCUCUGUGAUUCCUUUGUGGUCUCCGACCUGCUCAAGAAAUACCGGUUCCUCAAGGGUGCCACCCUGUGUGUGAUCUCUCAGGACCGCAGCUCGCUGCGCCAGACCAUUGUACGUUUGGAGCUGGAGGACGAGUGGCAGUUUCGGCUGCGCGACGAGUUCCAGACGGCCAACUGCAGUGAGGACCGGCCCCUCUAUUUUCUGACAGGUCGCCAUGUCUGAACCCCUGGGGCUGACCCUUCCCUUCCUUGCAGACGAUAAUCGUGUGUGCGGCGAAUUUCUUCAGCCCCGUGCUGGAAUUACAAUCAUCCUCCAAAUCACUAGAGGGCGCUAGGCUCUCAGGACCAGGCUCUUGGACACAGUGAAAGUGGCUACCACGCUUCGGAAGAUGUUCACAUUCCCCUCCGCCGAAGCUGCUUAUCAUUGUAGAGCACCUGCGUAGAGUACCUGUCAAUGUGGAUUUGCAAGGACCCCGAAUGCACCCCGAACAAUGCCUGACUAGAAAUCAAAGUUUACCCUCAGCUAAAAACAAAUGAGCCAGAGACCAGAAAUGAAUAUGCAACUAUUUUUUAGUCCCUGAGAGUUUAGCCUACUGGUUCAUGUACUUUCGGUUGAAUGUAAGUAUUAUCUCAGGUACUGGGGAGAAUCAGUAAAAAUGGGCACAAUUUAAAGACAAACUGCCAAUUUCAAGAAUGUAUGUGCUGCACUGAAUGUCACCUCAGAGAGGUCCAUUGAUCAUCAAGGAGAUGUGACUUCUUUCACUUUGCCUCCAGAUUACAGGAGAUGUCAAAGUCUCUCGCUUUUUGAAAUGGCUACAUCUACACAUCUGGAGCAAUGAUUUCUGCAUUAAAAACACACCACACACUGGAACUACAGACUGUGGAGAAGAGCAAUCUCUGAAACAUUGGUUCUGUCUUCUUCUGUCUGGCUCGGACCGCCCCCUCAUUCCAGCUCUCGCUUGGUGCUACUGUGUUUCGUACCUCAUAGUAUUUGUGAUCUCUGCCGAUCCCUGUCUUCCAGAGCCAAAACGUUACUGGUCGACUAAGACAUAAAGACAGAAAUGUCAAAGAGCAAGAGUUUGUUACAGUUGGUUGUUCAGCCAAAUCACCAUGCCAACUGAUGAAUACCUGGAAAAAAACAUUAUCAUUUUGUAAUGUAUGUAACAGGGAGGGGCAAGGAAAUCUGCCUUUAGCUGGCUUUUUUUUGUGUCAUUUACCAGUUUGGAGGCUCAAUCCCAAAGAAAGAACGUUAUGACCAAUCAGGAUGUUUUAAGGGUAUAUUUUUUGAGAAUAAUGGGUAUUGUAUUGGGGUUUAUCAGAAACACAAGGUUUUGUUUACAUAAAUGAACUUACCAUAAUAUAUUUAAUCAACCCUACUGAUUUUUAAUGCUUGUGUUUUUGUAAUCAGAAGUCACUUUUAAUGUCUUUCUGUUUACUGUGGUCACCAGAUGAAGAAUCUACCUACCACCUGUGUACAUCUGCAUUAUGUUUAACUUAAAAUGAAACGCAAGUCCUUUUAGAUUAAUUUUUAUUUAUUGUGUGAGCGCUUUUUUUUUUUGUAAAUUUUUUUUUU